UCAGUCCCUCAGAGAGAGGGGAAGAAGAAGGAGUGAGAGGCUGCGGCUCCUGUGGCUUCUGUUAGUAUCGCGGCGUCGGGCCCAUGGCGAUGGAUACGAGCGGCAAGGAGAAGGAAGCGCUGCAGCUGCUGGCCGAAGCGGACAAGAAAGUCCGCGGCUCCCAUGGCUUCUUCUCGGGGCUCUUCGGGGGUGGCUCUUCCAGGGUUGAAGAAGCAUGUGAUAUCUAUGCGAGAGCAGCCAAUAUGUUUAAAAUGGCAAAGAACUGGAGUGCUGCUGGGAAUGCUUUCUGCCAGGCUGCUCAGUUGCACCUCCAGCUGCAGAACAAGCAUGAUGCAGCCAUGAGCUUUGUGGAUGCAGGCAAUGCCUUCAAGAAAGCAGAUCCUCAAGAGGCCAUUAACUGUCUCCUCAGAGCUAUUGAGAUCUACACAGACAUGGGCCGUUUCACUAUUGCAGCCAAACACCACAUAACAAUAGCAGAGAUCUAUGAGACGGAGCUUGUGGACAUUGAAAAGGCAAUAGCUCAUUAUGAACAAGCUGCAGAUUACUAUAAAGGUGAAGAAUCUAAUAGCUCUGCUAACAAGUGUUUGCUGAAAGUGGCAACCUAUGCAGCUCAGCUGGAGCAGUACCAGAAGGCUAUUGAGAUCUAUGAGCAGGUGGGCACCAGUGCCAUGGACAGUCCUCUGCUGAAGUACAGUGCAAAGGAGUAUUUUUUCAAAGCAGCCCUCUGCCAUUUCUGCAUUGACAUGCUCAACGCCAAGUUGGCUGUACAGAAAUAUGAAGAAAUGUUUCCAGCUUUCUCAGACUCCAGAGAAUGCAAACUGGUUAAAAAAUUGCUUGAUGCUCAUGAGGAACAGAACAUUGACAGCUACACUGAAUCAGUGAAGGAGUAUGACUCUAUCUCUCGUCUUGACCAGUGGCUCACUACCAUGCUCCUGCGCAUCAAGAAAACCAUACAGGGUGAAGAAGAGGACCUGCGCUAAGCCCUGCCCUGCCCCACCCUCUGCUCCUCAUCUGCAGAAUCCUGCAUGGAUCAGCUCUGUGGGAGGCAGGAGAGGGGUCUUGGCACAAAGGAACUGGACUUGAAUGGCAAUUGGUUUAUUACGGCUCCCUUUCUCAUAACCCCUCUCCCUGCCACCACAUCUUUGUACAGUACUGCAGGAAGCCAGGCAGGGGAGUGUCACUUGUGGACUAGCUCUGACUUGAAGAGAGAUGAAGACUGUAACAUGAAGUUCUCCAUUUUUUGUUGCCUCACUAUCCCCUUCUCAUAUCAGAGCGUAUCGCUUCUUGAGCCAGUGUUUACAUCCUUCUGAUAACUUAAAACUUGUGUGGCUUUAGCAGGUUCGACUGAUAGCACCACUUCCUUCUCCUCCCCCCAAAUCUUGUUGAAGCUCAUCUCAAGAUGGGACAUGACCUCUUCUUUGCAGCAGAAGAGAUGUCCAGCCACUGUGGCCUCAUCCUACCCUAUCCCUCUGUCUGCAGCUCUUAGAAUUGUACCAGCCUAUCUCCUGUAUUCAGAGAUUGCAGGACUGGGUUGCGACGUCAUCCCGUUCCUUGAACGUACCAAAAGGGGAGCAUUGCUUCCUCUUCUAAAGAUUGGCAUGAUGAGCAUGUCAGAGCAUGUCUCCCCUGGAGACUGGCUCCCUGCUGCCCUUUCGAAUACUUGCAUCUAUCUCAGAUCUCCCAGAAAUUCCUGAUAUGUUCUGGCAUAUAUUGAACCUGUGCUUCUCUUCCUAACUUCUGGUAUGCUUUUUCUUGCACCUCAGAUGUGUACCAUUUUUCAAUUUAGGUAGGAAGGUGUCAUCCCAACUCUUUCCCUUGCCUUUAGGUGCUGAGUCACUCGCCCCCAUAUGGGGCUCAUAAUAUAUACCUAUUGCCAGCCACUAGGGGAUGCUGGGUGUUCAUUCUCUUGUUGUCUGUAUGUGGCAAGAGGCAGGCAAAUCUUGAACCAUGCAGCAGGUAGCCAAAAACCUAUUUAAUGCUAGUAACUCUGUCUUGUGUGCCAGCCAUCUUAAUAAUUACCAUCUUGUCUUGCAUGGUUCACCCCUUCAUACUUAGUUUGGAAAGAGCAUUUCUUUUGCCAAGUAUUCCAUGUUCUGUAUGCAUUGUCAUGAAGCUUUGCAAGGUUUUUUUUCCCCUUCUGAGUUUCCUCUUGUGUUGGCUUUAAAAAAGAAGAAGAAACUUUAUCAUGUAGCCUGGGCAAAGAGUUUGAAAUUUCAUGGGGGGUUCUUGUGUUAACUUUUUAUAAUUCAGAUGUGUGGGUUGGGUGCAAUGGGGAUUGGAAUUAAGAAGCGCUGCUGAAUGUUCUCAAUUGUUUGCCCAAACGUGAUGGAAGAUAGCUUGCGCAUAGCAAACAAUUAAAAAAAACUUUGCAUGGGUUGGGGGGGGGGGGGGGAAAUCUUAAAGUAAUGUCCAUCUAACAGUAGUCUCUCUAGCUUAAAUUCCUGACGCUUGUCUAAGUGACUUGCAUGUUUUUAGAUGUAUCUGUCCUCCCAGCCACCGGUGUUUCAGGACUAAUUCCUUCACCUUCCCAUCAGCCCUUCUAAAUUGUUGUUUUUGCUUCUGAACACUGGCUGUGAUUCUGUCUAUAAACACAGUUGUACGCUUGAA